AUGUCGGAAAGGAAAACCAUUGAUUUAGAUCAAGGUUGGACCUAUAUGCAGAAGGGGAUUACAAAAUUGAAGAGCAUUCUUGAAGGAUUACCAGAAUCUCAGUUCAGUUCAGAGGAAUACAUGAUGUUAUAUACAACCAUUUAUAACAUGUGUACUCAGAAGCCACCAAAUGACUAUUCACAAGAACUGUAUGACAAAUACAAAGGGGUUUUUGUGGAUUACAUUAGAUCAACGGUUUUGUCUGCUGUAAGAGAUAAGCAUCAUGAAUUCAUGCUGAGGGAGCUUGUGCAGAGAUGGUUGAACCAUAAGAUUUUGGUUAGGUGGCUUUCGCGUUUUUUCCAUUAUCUUGAUCGCUACUUUGUUGCGCGACGCUCGCUGGAUCCACUCAAUGUAGUUGGGCUUUCUGCCUUCCGUGACUUGGUUUACAUGGAGGUACGAGCUAAUGCUAGUAAAGCUGUGAUUACUCUGAUUGACAAAGAACGUGAGGGCGAACAAAUUGAUAGAUCAUUGUUGAAGAAUGUUCUUGAUAUAUUUGUUGAGAUCGGUCUGGGUGAAAUGGAUCGUUAUGAACAGGAUUUUGAGGUGCAGAUGCUUGAGGAUACUGCCAAUUACUACAGAAGUAAGGCUACAAUCUGGAUUGAGUCUGACUCCUGCCCAGAUUACAUGCUAAAGGCUGAGGAUUGUUUGAAGCGAGAGAGAGAUAGAGUGUCUCAUUAUUUGCAUACUUGUACCGAGCAGAAACUGGUAGAGAAAGUGCAACACGAAUUGCUCGUAAUACGUGCUAAUCAGUUACUUGAGAAGGAGCACUCAGGCUGCCGUGCCUUGCUUAGAGAUGAUAAGGUGGAUGAUCUCUCUAGGAUGUAUAGACUUUACCAUAAAAUACCUAAAGGACUGGAUCCUGUUGCCAAUGUGUUCAAGCAGCAUAUUACAGAUGAGGGUACAGCUUUGGUUCAACUGGCUGAAGAAAGUGCUAACAAUCAGAAAACUACAAGCGGUUCUGGCAUUCAAGAUCAAGUCCUUGUCAGAAGACUGAUAGAGCUCCAUGACAAGUAUAUGACAUACGUUAUUAAUUGCUUUAUGAAUCACACUCUGUUCCACAAGGCAUUGAAGGAAGCAUUUGAGGUAUUCUGCAAUAAAACUGUUGCCGGUAGUUCCAGUGCAGAGCUAUUAUCUUCAUUCUGUGAUAAUAUCCUUAAAAAGGGUGGAAGUGAGAAGAUGAGUGAUGAAGCCAUUGAAGAAACACUCGAGAAGAUAGUCAAGCUGCUUGCAUACAUCAGUGACAAGGAUCUAUUUGCAGAAUUUUACAGGAAGAAGCUUGCCCGAAGAUUACUUUUUGACAGAAGUGCCAAUGAUGAACAUGAGAAGUGUAUUUUGACAAAGUUAAAGCAGCAAUGUGGUGGCCAGUUCACAUCAAAGAUGGAGGGAAUGGUGGUAGACUUGACAUUGGCUAGGGACCAUCAGAUGAAAUUUCAGGAAUACCUUAGUGAGAAUUCACAUCUAAAUCCUGGAAUUGACUUGACAGUUACAGUUCUUACCACAGGAUUUUGGCCGAGUUAUAAAUCUUUUGAUCUCAACCUCCCUUCAGAAAUGGUGAAGUGUGUGGAAGUUUUUAAGGGCUUUUAUGAAACAAGGACAAAACAUAGAAAACUUUCAUGGAUUUACUCACUGGGAACUUGCAACAUCAUUGGUAGGUUUGAGCCAAAAACCAUUGAGUUAAUUGUCUCAACCUAUCAGGCUGCUGCCCUGCUACUAUUCAACACUGCGGAUAAGUUGAAUUAUUCAGAGAUUAUGACUCAGCUGAAUUUGACUCACGAUGAUGUAGUGAGAUUACUUCAUUCUCUGGCAUGCGCAAAAUAUAAGAUACUUGUUAAGCAGCCUAACACUAAAACUAUAUCCCCAAAUGACACCUUUGAGUUCAAUUCCAAAUUUACUGAUAAAAUGAGAAGGAUAAAGAUCCCUCUGCCACCUGUUGAUGAAAGGAAGAAGGUUAUUGAAGAUGUUGACAAAGACAGGCGAUAUGCUAUUGAUGCUUCAAUUGUGCGUAUUAUGAAGAGUAGGAAAGUUUUGGGCCAUCAACAAUUAGUUUCGGAGUGUGUUGAGCAGUUGGGCCGCAUGUUCAAGCCUGAUAUCAAAGCAAUCAAGAAGCGGAUUGAAGAUCUCAUCACUCGGGACUAUCUGGAGAGGGACAAAGAUAACCCAAACACCUUCAAGUAUCUGGCGUAG